AUGACAGGUGCGUGCGUUCCACCUGACCUUACGGCGUUCGUUGUGAACCAUCGAAACAAGAAUGUGGAUAUCGAUAGAUUCUGGAAUGAAGUUGAAUGUGAAUCUCUGGAUAUAGACCAUGCCAAAGACUAA